AUGGCGGCUUCCCUGGGGCGCGCGGCGGCCGGUCUUCUUCCUAGAUUGCAGACUUCAGCUCCCACAAUACGAACUCUAGCAUCAUCAAAUUCCUUUUCUCAAAACAUUCCAAGCUGUUUGUGGAAACUGGGUCGACUUAAUCAUGUAGCAAUUGCAGUCCCUGAUUUGGAAAAAGCUCAGUCCAUGUAUAAAGAUGUCUUAGGAGCACAGGUGAGCGAGGCUGUUGCUCUUCCUGAACAUGGUGUCUACACAGUUUUUGUGGAGCUGGGAAAUACCAAGCUGGAACUCCUACAUCCUUUAGGAGAGAAAAGUCCCAUUGCAAACUUUCUGCAAAAAAACAAGACUGGAGGAAUGCAUCAUAUCUGCAUCGAGGUUGAUGACAUAAAAGCGGCUAUGACAGAACUGAAGAAAAAAAAGAUACGAAUAUUGAGUGAAGAGCCAAAAAUAGGUGCACAUGGCAAACCAGUGAUUUUUCUUCACCCUAAAGAUUGCCAAGGAGUCCUUGUGGAACUUGAGCAAGCUUAAGCUGUAAUAUUCAUAAAUAAAACAAUAGAAUAGCUGUGAAGUUACUGAGCUGGUGCUGGGAAUAUUGAUGUGGUUUUCAGUCUUUACAAGUUCACUGUAGUUCCCACGGAUUAAGUAACUCUUGAGUGCUGAAAUAGUGCUACAGAUUUAGGGUGGUUUUCAUUUUUUUUUCUUUAUGAUCUGAUUUUUAGAAUUAAUACGUUGACAUUUCUUGAAGUCUUUGUGAUUCUGAAGACAAAUACAUAAGCCAAGUUACAUAUGUAACAGUAAUAUCUGUUCUGUUGCUUCAUGUUUGCAGCAUCAUUUUUACCUUGUCACCACAGAAGCUAUACGGUUUCUAGG